AUGUACAAUAAAUUCCACUAUGGCAUUUAUUUUUGUUUAAUACCCAUUGUAAGAAACAGAUUAGGUACGGAGCCUGGUAUGUUGCCGUUGAUUUCAGUUAUUGUUCAUCCAGGUAGACGUGUGAGUGGUACUAUGCAUGGCACUCUAUAUUGUAUAACAGGGUUGAUAUUUGGUUUAGCAUGGUCAAUCUUUGGUAGAUUCUUGGGCCAACAAUGUUUGGGAUCUUAUUGGAAAACUAUGACAGAAGCAGAAAUUUAUAAACAACAUUUCAUCAGAUACCAAUCUGCUUUGGGUAUAAUGGCGAUGUUUGAAGUAAUCAUGCUGUUCAUCCAUGGCUGGAUGAGAUCUGUUAACCAUUUGUAUUUUGGUAUCGUGUUCCCCUUUUUCUUAGUAGUGCAUUUCGUCUUUAUGGCCCCUUUGACUCAGUCAAACGCCACUAUUGCAAAUUCAUUUGCUACCCCGUUUUAUUUUGGGAUCGCAUUAAGUAUCUUUUUCAAUUUAACGAUAUUUCCUGAAUUUGGUAGUACAUAUUUGGGGAAUUCCAUCGUUGAUACAUUAAAUCAUUUCCAUAAAUUAAUUGAUCAUUCAACAAAUUUUUUUGUUUCUGUGGAGAAUGAAGAUCUAAGAGGUACACUUUAUAAUAAACUGCCUAACUCACUGGGAAAAUUGAAUACUAUGAGAUCUGCAAUUUCUAAAAAAGUUUCAAACUGUGGGCUAGUGUUCCAUGAAUCUUUAUAUGAAAUUUCUUAUUCAUAUGUGUCUCCAGAAAAAUUAGAAAAUGUUAUUGAAAACAUUAGACCUUUAUCAGUUUAUGUUAAUGGUCUUGUUGAUGCUUGUCAAUUGAAAUUUACGCUAUUGAAUAAAAAUAAGAUUUCUGAUGAUUUGAAUAAUAAUGAUACUUAUAAUAAUAAUAAUAAAGAUAAGACCGAAUCGGACUUUAGUAUGGAUAUGAAAAUUAAUCAAGAAAUUGAGUAUGCAGAUGUAAAAAAAUUAUUAACCAUUCUUGAUAAAGUUCGUCCUUCUAUAGUAGAAAUACAUACUAUAUUAAGUGAAUGUAUUUAUGAUGCUAAAUUAACUUUAGCUUAUGUGUAUGAUGUUAACCUAAAGAAAGUUAGAUCAUGUUCUAUGUUUAAAAAUGGGAAUUUUAAAACUUUUAGGAAUAAAACUCAAGUUAGAGAUGAAAUAGAUUUAAAUGAAUCAAUUCGAAGAUUAGAAGAUGCAUUGUUAGAAUAUGGCACAGUAUUUAGGGAAGAUUUAACUGAAUUAGGUUUGGAUUUCUUAAAGCCUGAAGAUGAAAUGUUUUUAUUCUCAUCAUUUUUGAUUAAUUUUAAACAAACUAUCGAAUCUGUUUUAAUUAUUCUGAGGACAAUUAAUGAAUUAUCUUCAAUUAGAAAAAGACAAGAAGCUAAAGGGUGGAUUCGUGGGAAAAAAAUUUGGAUUCAUUUUAUGAGAAAUUUCACAACAUUUAAGAUGUGGCUAUUUAAAUCAUAUUCUAGUGGGAAUACUGUUACAGAAAGUGAAGCAUUGAGAGGUGUUGUAGGAGAAAGUUUUACUGCUAAUUCUACUUUUGUAAAUAGAAUGCCAUUUGAAGAAAUUCAAGCUGUAAAAAAUAUGAAAGGUGAAGAUUUACAACCUAGCAAAAGUCAAGAUACUUCCAAAGAGAAUGAAGCUGAUAUCACUACUUUUGAUCUAACUAAUAAAAAAUCCCAUCGGUUUUAUAAAGAUAAAGAAUACAUUAGCGAAUUAACUAUUUUCUCCAAAAUGACAAUUUCAGUAAGAGAUUUCUGUAUGAGAUCAAAAUUUCAUUUUAGAUUUGGUUUUCAAGUGGUUAUCGCUUUGAUGGUAUGUUCAUUCCCAAUAUUUACACCAAAAUACAGAUCCUGGUACAGAAAUUAUCGUGGUACAUGGAUGGGUUUCGUUUGUAUAUUAUCAAUGGAACCUUCAAUUGGUGAUACAUUGUGGGUAUUUUUCUUACGUGGGGCUGGUGUUCUAAUUGGUUCUGCGUGGGCAUAUUUAUCAUAUGUUGCUGGUGUUAAUCAAACAAAUCCGUACUUAGAAACUAUAAUCACUUGUUUCGGCUCAGCACCAGGGUUUUAUUUUUUCUUGGGUACGCCUUAUGUUAAAGCAGCAAUUAUUCAAAUUAUUAGUAUUUAUGUGGUGAUGCUAGCUGCAAUUUUACCAUCUAAUGUUCCAGGUGGGAUUCUUUUGAAUUUUGCCAAGAGAUGUUUGGCUAUUGGUUAUGGUGGUGGUAUUGGUUUAGCUGUACAAUAUCUAUUUUUUCCUUUAAAAGCUAGGGAUAUGCUAAACACAGAAAUAUCCUAUGUUUGUGGAUGUGUAGCGGAAAUGGAAUUAAUACAUGCCACAGCAUUAGAAGGUCAAAAUUUGAGUGAAAGCUUAACUGAUAUUGGUCUUGAUAAUUAUUUAAAAGUAUCUCAAAGUGCUAAAGCUGCAUUAGGGAGAGCUUCUACUUACAAAAAGUUAGCAAGACAAGAACCUCGUAUUAAAGGUGAGUAUACGUCGAUUGAAAAUGUUUUUACUCAAAUUAUCUUUAUAUUGGGGCAAAUUAUCGAUCGAAUGGAUAAUAUUGCGUUAUUGAGAGCAAACAUUGGUAGUGCAAUUAUCGAAGAAUUAAAUGAUCUGGUACAUCCAUAUAGAAGGGAAGUCGUUGCAAGUAUUUCUUGUAUAUUGAGAUGUCUUCAAGAAGCAUUUAUUAAUAAGACUCCAUUGCCUCAAUAUUUACCUAGUGCAAGAAUAAAGCACAGAAGGUUGGUUAACUCUGUUCGUCAAAUCUUGAGCCAUAGGUAUCGUAAAGAAAUUAAUGCAAUAAAUAACACCGCUAACAAGAGAAGGAUGAGUAGCAAAUCUAUUUACAAUGAAGAGACAUACCUUUCUGAUGGUAAUGAAGAUGAAGAUAUUAUUAUUACUACUUCUUCCAAAAAAUUAAGACAAGGAAAACAAUUUGAAACAGCGCAUGAAUUUUAUUUGAAAGAACGAUUCCUAAGUUGGAAUGCAACAAGUUCUGCGCUAGAAGAGAUUAUUGCCUAUAUUGAAGAACUAGUUAAGCUAACUCGUAUUCUAGUUGGUGUUAAUGCAUUUAAAUAUGGAUUUUUAUCAAGGCCCUUAUAUGAAGAAUGGGCCGCAGAAGCCGUCCAAGAUUUUGAUACUUUCCUCUAUAACCAACAGAAUAACAGUAAUAAUAACACUACAGAUGAUAGCGUUUCGCAUGAGCCCACACCUGUUUUUGGACAGACCCCUGAAGGGAUUGUGUCAGAUACAUUAGCCUCUAGUGAUGAAGAAAAUUCUUUUGAGACACUGGACAGCUUACCAGAACAACCUCAACAGUAUGUGGGUGAUGAUUCUGAUUUGGAACUUGGUAAUGGUAACCAAUUCCUUCAUAAUUUGGAACGUAUACCAACAAUAAAAUUACAAGAGGCUCAGCAAAACGUGCAAAGUUCUUACCGUAAGAGGGCGUUUUCCAUUGGUACUUUCAACGACGAUACUUCUAUGCCAUUAGCCACACUAUUAAGAAGGAAAACUACAGAAUACAUGGAUGACGUAACAGACGACGACUACGAAGAUGACGCCAACAUGAUUUCUGAUAUUCCACUGGCACUGAAGAGAAUAAUAAGCAAUAAGAGUAAGCAUCGAGGUUGA